AUGGAGGCUGUGGCGAAACAGAAACAGGUCGAUGCCGGUCUCCGACCACCUGCCCUGUCGGCUGAUCACGGUGAAUCAUCCUCAUCCACCGCAAAUGCCAGCGAUGAAGUGACCUUUGCGCAUACCGACUACCCAUAUCACGCCGAACAUGGCCCACCUAUCGAUAAUGCCGAUCGUUAUGACCAGAUGGAGGAAGACUACCAACACCACAACAAUCUACUCUGGUCCCGCAUACGGCACCACCUCCGUGAGCCUUUCAUGGAAUUUCUUGGGACCUUCAUAAUGAUCAUCUUCGGCGACGGCUCGGUUGCACAGGUGAUGCUUUCGGCGAAUCCCAAUCUUCCAGAGUCCAGCCAAAACAAGGGCGACUAUCAGUCCAUAUCUUGGGGAUGGGGUAUCGGGGUUAUGCUCGGCGUCUACGUAGCUGGCGGCGCUGGCGGACAUCUCAAUCCAGCCGUGACAAUGUGCAUGUGCCUCUACCGCAAGUUCCCAUGGAAGAAAUGGCUGCCCUACGCCUGCGCACAAGUUCUUGGCUGCUUUUGCGGCGCCGCUGUCAUCUACGGGAACUACAAGUCAGCCAUUGACGAAUUUGAAGGCGGCGCCGGCAUCCGCACCGUCCCCGGCUAUUCAGACACCGCGACAGCCGGAGUCUUCAACACAUACCCGCAACCGUUCCUGACCAAGACCGGCCAGGUAUUCAGCGAGAUCAUCGCCUCUGCCAUACUGAUAUUCGUCAUCUUUGCCCUCAAAGACGACGGUAACCUUGGCGCAGGCGACAAGACACCGUUGAUGCUCUUCUUCCUCAUCUUUGGAAUCGGCGCGACUCUCGGCUGGGAAACGGGCUAUGCCAUCAACCUGGCGCGUGACUUCGGUCCACGCUUGUUUACGUAUAUGGUGGGAUACGGACCUGAAGUGUGGCGGGCCGGAGACUAUUAUUUCUGGGUUCCAAUGGUCUGCCCCUUCAUUGGCACUGCUCUAGGCGGCUUCCUCUAUGACCUGCUGAUAUUCACGGGCGAGUCGCCUAUCAACACGCCAUGGAUAGGAAUGAAGCGGCUGGUACGUCCAUCCAGAAAGGACAUUAAGGAGGCGUGGACGGGUAAGGUGGAGAAGCAGGUCUGA